CCCUGGCCGGUGAUCCUGCGGCACUUGGUCUGUCGCCGCUUUCGAUCAUUUGAUUCAUUUCUUGUUCUCUCUUUGUGCUGCCGAUUCUCUCCAUGCACCUGGCCGAAAGACAGUAAAAGUCAGCUGCUGCUCACCAUGCCACCCACUUUUCGAUCGUCGCGCUCUGGUCGCCAAUUUGGCGAAGGCGCCAACCGCUCGAGAACCGGACAGAUCGACCACGACGUCUUCGAGGGCCUUCCCGUCCGACGAUGGACGCGCCAAUCCCAGACCAUCUCCCAGGUUCCGAAGCUGGAAGAUGCGGACCCAUUAGUCCAAGGCCCAGCGGGUAAACAAUCACUUCCCGAACACCCAAUGCCCAGGGACAGCCAUCUCUUGACCCCGAUGAGUCGGGCUCUGCUCCGCGCCGCUCGCGCCGGAUGCGUUUACAUUCGCCCCGCAUCCAAGGACUCCGAGGACGAAGAGAAAGAAAUCACCGAUGUGGAGGAACAGCCGCUAAUCCAGAGUGCCGAACGCAGCUUUGUCGCUCGCAAGUGGGCGGCAGUCCCCAGGCAUCUAGAGGCGUCGGAGGUCGAGUUCCUCGCCAAGCGACGAGCGGGUUUGCCAUCGCUUUACGGCGCGACGACCACGGGCGCCGAUGCGACCAUCAAUCCGGCCCCCAUGCGAAGAACUCGCUUCAGGAAGGUUGACCCCAUGAGUGGGAACAUCUCGAUCUACGAAGCUUGGGUACCUGAAGGACACCGGAUCGAAGGCGAAGUCACCGACGAGACCCAGUUGAUGGCCGAAAAUAACGAAGUGACAAUAACCCCCGAAGCGCCCGCCCCUGGUACGGUUAUCGAAGGCGUCGGAGUGGUCAAUGGGGAGGGCGUGGUGGUUGCCGAGGCGGGCUCAGUUUCGGUGAUGACUCCCCCGAAACGGCGCCCGCCACCUCCCAAGCGCAAGGCCAAAGGAUUUGGAAAGGGGAGAAGGAAGAAGGUUAUGUUUGCGCCUGGGGAUGGAGCCGAUGCCGCCACGGUGCAUGGGGCCGAAUCUGGUGCUGCAGGUGGUGGUGCGGAGCCGGGUCGUGUCAAGGGGGAGGAUACGGACGCGUCUCGAAUGUCGGCCGAGCAGGCCGGUCAGGACGAUGAGGACGACGACGGUGACGACGGUGAUGAAAGUGAGGAUGGCGAGGGCGACGAGUCCAUGCUGGACGCGAAGACUCCAGAAACCCCACUGCCACAGACCAGCGCCGAGCCUGAGCCAACACCUGCUCCUCCCUCCGAGCCUGCAGUUGCUGAACCGACUCCCGCGCCUGCUGCAACGUCUACGGAACCAGAAGCCGCUCCACAAACGGUCAAGACUGAGACCCCAACUGCUGCUCCAGACCCGUCGUCGGAAUUGCCUUCACAACCCCCUGCCGAACCUUCGAUAUCCCAGGCCCCCGAGGUUCACUCACAGUCGCAUCCUGAACCGGCUGCACCGGCUGCAUUUGAAAACCCCGCCCAUGGAACAGAACCCGCGGAGGAUGUCGAGAUGACUGAUGAUCAACCUGAGCCCGCUGCGGCGGAUGUGAGAACUGCAUCCGAACAACCUGCCACGGUGCCACCUCAGGAAACCACACAGGAGACCUUCCAGACUUCAGAACCUUCACAACUACCCGAGGCUCCAAAUCCUGAACCGCCCGCGGCAGAAGCAAAGGAACCAGCAGACAUAGUCAUGACCGACCAGAACGACUCGGUGCCACAAGAGACGGCUCAGGCUGAGAAACAAACGGCGGAUAUCCCGACGGACCCCAUGCAAAAUACACAGCCUGAACCUGCUCAGGAGGAGCCUGUCCUAGAUCAGAAAGACGCCCAGUCGAGCGAGAAACAAGCGGACAGCGACGUCGAUCUUUUGGGUAGCUUGGAAGCCAGCCUAGGCAACCCCGCCGAUCAAGGUCAGGUGGAUGAACCAAGCGAGUCGAGGCCUGAGAAACAGGCUGAGGAAACUCCAGUCAAGGAGGAAUCUGGACAUCCCGAACCUGCUGAAGCCCCCAGAUCAGAGGAACCUUCUGUUGAAGUUAAGGAAGAGUCAGCUGAGGUGGCUAGCAACCCAACUGGGGCAUCGGCUGCGGAGCCACUUGCUCAGGAGCAGCAAGACAAACCGGCUGAAGAAAAUGCCCCGUCACAGACCGAGAUCCCGGCUACAGAGCCAUCCUCGGAGCAUGUCACCGAGCCCAAUACUCAAGAUCCCACACCCCAGCCUACUGAGCCAAGUGCACAACCCGACGAAGCGCAGCCUGCCGAACAAGCGGUCGAGCAAGAUUCAGCAAAGACCGAGGAGCCUGCUCCCCCGGCUGACGAACCAGCCACAGAACAAGCACCCGAGCCCGCGGCAGAACCAGCCUCAGCCCCAUCUACGGAGGCUCCUCCCGCAGAGGCACCUGCAACUCAGUCGACGGAGCCUUCCACGGAGGAACAACCAAUUGAACCGCAACCCGAGCAGUCCUCAGACCAACCACCAAAGCCCACGGACGAGCAGCCGAGUGCUCAAUCGGAAGAACCAGCCCCCCAGCCUGAUGCACCGGCAGUCGCUCCUCAACCGGAGCCCCUUGUUCCCGAAGCCCCUAAGAUCCCUUCUCCAUCUGCCCCGACAGCCGUCGAAGACCCCACGCCUGCUUCCACCGAUGCCAACGAGCCCGCACCCGCUGCGCCCAGUGACACCGCCCCAACAUCCGAAGCUGUCCCUGACCAAGAGACGCAAAAGCAGCCGGAGCCGGGACCAGAGUCUGAGGCAAAGCCCGAGCCCGAGUCUGAGCCCGUGCCUGAACCAGAACCAGAGACCAAGAACGAAGAGACUGGCGAGGAGGCAACGACAGCACCUGCGUCCGAUCCUGCGGCUUCUGCUGAUCCUCCAGCUCCGCCUGUAAAUGAUUCUGCUUAGAGUCAACUAGACUAAGAUGUAUACCUUUCUUUCUCCUCUUCUUUAUUACUACUGUGUAUUUAUUUCCUUCAUGAAAGUACAAGCGAUUAUUUGAUUUCUGAAUCAAUUCAAUGGAGACGGGCGCAGGGUUCGACGGUGUGGUUUGAUUUGGUUCGAUUGUGUUUAUUCGUUAGUUUACGGGCUUGUGGAAUAAAU